AUGGCAGAGACAAGUGAAACAAAACCGAGUGCUUCGGCUCCAGGUGGUGAUGCUGGUGGCGAAGAAGAUAAGCGCGAUGAACGAAUGUUAGAAUGCAAUAUCUGUCUCGACACAGCUCGGGAUGCUGUUGUCAGUAUGUGCGGACAUCUGUUCUGUUGGCCAUGUUUACAUCAAUGGCUGGAAACUAGACCGAGUCGUCAGGUGUGUCCUGUCUGCAAAGCUGCCAUCAGUCGUGAUAAAGUAAUCCCACUUUAUGGUCGUGGUAACACUAAGCAAGAGGAUCCAAGGAACAAGGUUCCACCACGCCCUGCGGGACAACGAACAGAGCCUGAAAACAAUAGUGGAUUUCCAGGAUUUAGUUUUGGUGAAGGCUUUCAUAUGUCUUUUGGAAUCGGUGCCUUUCCAUUUGGAGUCUUUACAUCAACAUUUAACUUUGGAGACCCUAGGCCCAGUGCUGCGCCUCGUGGUACAGCACAGUAUGAGGAAGAACAGUUCCUGUCGAAGAUAUUUCUCUGGGUAGCAAUUUUGUUUGUCUUAUGGUUGAUUUUCGCAUGA